GUAAAGCUCUCUCUCUCUCUCUGAGUCUUUCCCAGAUCUCUCAGUCUCUCUCUAGACUAGACACACAACCUUCAAUCAAAUGGUGAAACUCGCGACGGCGCGUGAGAUUAGAACGUACGGUCCUCGGCUAGGGAGGAGCAGGGCCGAGUACAUCAACGCAGGUCUAUACUUGUUCGCAACCGUGGUGCUCAUCGGCGGUUUCACGGCGACAGGAUUCUCAUGGGAACCAAGAUCCGGCCUCGUACUUAUUCUCUUGGCUCUCGUUCUUAUAACCGCCGUGAAUGUUCAUGAUCUCGUGGCUCAUCUAGCCGGAAUCGAUUACCGUCCCUCUGGUUCAGAUAGCGGGUUCAGUAGUGUUUUUCUUGGGAAUCUUUUUCGUCUUCCAUCAGUUCUCAAUAGCCUCGACCAAUCCGGGUCAUCUCACAGUGGCUUGAAGCUUCUUGGGGAAAGAUGGGUUUGGCUUGGGAUUUCCGGGGCUAUAUGUUUGUUUGUGGGAGGAUUGAUGAACGUUGUUAAGGUUUUUAACUUCGUUCAGAUCACUGGGCUCCGCCUCGAGAAACUACGGGGCGGAGCUCAAGACCGGCUUCUUGAAGGGAGAGAAGGAUAUCUCCCUCUUGUUGCUGAAGAAGAAAGAAUAAGGAAAAUGGAAGCUGACGAAGCUUCUAGUAGACCCAAACCCCGUGCUCACUUAACCUCCAAAGCCGGAGCGGGAGCUACAGAGACCGUGGUAGUAUCAUCUCCGACACCAUACAAGGAUGUUCUCGUUGGACAGAGCUGAGGAAGAUUAUUCUUGUUUAAAUGUUGUUUAAUUUGUACUCUAUAUUCGUUUUUAUCUACGAAGACAACAGAUUUUGCCGUUCACCACAAGCUAUGAUUCGUUUCCUUGUUGGUCAGCCUUUAUGAAUAUUGAAAUAUGUUACAAUACAUCAAGACUUUAAUC